CCAUUAUAAGCCCCCACAAGAGCCUCAAGCCCGGUACCGGAUACGCCAGUAUGGCUUGGACGACGACUCUGACGCAACUUAGUUUGACGAGUCCAACGGUCUGCAACUGGAUAAGGAAAUUAGGAAUACUCAGUUCAUUAUUGAUAAUGUGGGCCAGAUAAAGUCCGAGGUCGAGAGCAAAUUAGGCCCUCUAUCCAUUCUGGAUGCGGAGUGCGAUAUGGACCCCUUCUUAGAGGAGGCCACGGACCAAAAUGGCAACAGCCUGAUGCGUUACGCAAUCUUCACCGACGACACGAAGCUGUUGGCCUUUCUCAUCUCCCUCGGACAGCAGCUCACCGAGUGGUUUCCGGAGGAUCCAGCCAACCCCACGCCGUACUAUGUUUAUCACGACGACCUCUACUUGGCAAUGCACCUCGGGAGGUUGCAUUGUCUAGAGAUUCUCGUCAAGCGAACUGCAGCAGGGGUGGAUUUCGACGAGCUAGUCGACGAAGGUGAGAUUGAGGGCAAGGAAGCGCCCGAGUACUAUCGCGGUCUCUCGGUGCGUGGUAAGAAGCGUGAUGACUGGGCACGUCGUGGCCAGACAGCCACAGAGCCAGACACACCGCCGCCGUUGCUUUAUGCGGCGAAAAUGGGGAACCUGGAGAGCGUGCAGUGGUUUCUGGGUCCUGCACCGGCUCGCUGCUACAAUGCAUUUGUUGCAGGCAACAAGAAUGAUCUGGGGGUGAGGAAACUGCUUUUGACAGAGAAAGGUCCAGUGAACAUGAUCCGUGAUUUCCUGGAAUCUAGGUGCCAUUUGCUCCUCCAUUCGGCCGUUAUAGCCGAGGAGAACUAA